AUGGGUUUGUUUUCUUGGCCAUACCCGAGUGAGCAAGUAACAGGUUACUGGGGAGAGGUAACUUCAACUAUCGAUUGGUGCGAAGAGAAUUACGUUGUCAGUAAGUAUAUUGCGGAGUGGUCAAAUACUAUCACAAAUGGAACAUUCGUUAUAACGGCACUGUACUCCACCUAUUGCGCAUGGCGUAAUCGGUUAGAGCUUAGGUUUUUGUGGAUCGGUGUGGGGUUCGCGCUCGUUGGUGUGGGAUCGUGGUUGUUCCAUAUGACUUUGCAAUACCACUAUCAGCUGCUUGAUGAAAUGCCAAUGAUUUACGCUACCUGUAUUCCUACAUGGAGUAUAUUAUGUGAGACCAAGGAUACUUUGACCGGUAAGGGUCAAAGUAGUCCGCUGAACAGGCAAAUUUCGAUCGCUAUUGCAAUAACAACUAUUGUUAGUUUACUGAGUUGGAUAUAUUUGGUCUUCAAGAUUCCAGAAAUUCAUCAAACGGUUUACGGAUUUAUUACAGUUUUGGUGGUGAUCAUGUCUGGUUUCCUGACCUAUAAAUAUGUCGAUGACAAAGUCGCCAAGAAAAGUCUGUAUCAAUGUAUGACAAUUGGUAUAGUGACAUUCCUUGCAGGUUUCAUUUCCUGGAAUUUAGAUAAUUUGUUCUGCUCGUUUUGGAUACAUGUAAGGAGAAGCUAUUUAGAACUUCCAUUGGGAGUGUUCUUAGAACUACACGCUUGGUGGCAUAUUCUAACCGGUACAGGUAUUUACUACUACAUUGUGUACCUUCAAUACUUGAGAGUAUUGACACAAGGGUUUGGUAAUGAUUUCAAGCUAAUCUGGAGAUGGAAAUUUUUGCCAGAACUAGUCCGUAAGGAUUCCAAAAUAACUACAAAAUACUCCUUGUCAUUAAUGGGACCUUAUGUGGAAAAACAAGAUGGUGAAACCCGUAAAAAUAAGUGA